UUGAAGAGAAGAGACAGACUGGUCUGAUGAUAUGGGAUUGUUGAGGCACUAAUUAUCUUGGUGCUUUCCUCUUCAGCCGAGGAUUUCUGCAGACAACUCGAUGUUUGCGGACAGCCCUCGAAACUCUCCUUGCUUCUCAUUUCGGCUGUAAUCAGGGACACUUUUUAGGUCUCAUUUCGUUGCACGGCCUCAAAGUGUCCAAACACAAGAUUGUAUCACCCAGGGCUUCGGCCUCUACUCCAGGCUCUGCAAAGGAUGGGCCCACCAUGGGCCACUUUGCAUCACACGGUCAAGGUCAAACCACCAGAGGAGGACUGAGGGUGUACAAAAUAGUCGUCCUUGGCGACGGAGGCGUCGGAAAAUCAGCUUUGACACUUCAAUUUGUCAGUCACAGUUUCUUGGACUAUCACGACCCCACGAUCGAGGAUGCAUAUCAGCAACAGGCUGUAAUUGAUGGCGAGGCAGCUUUGCUCGAUAUUCUGGACACUGCUGGUCAGGUUGAAUUUACUGCUAUGCGAGAUCAGUACAUGCGAUGUGGAGAGGGAUUUAUCAUCUGCUACUCAGUGACCGAUAGACGGAGUUUUCAGGAGGCUGUGGAGUACAGAAAAUUGAUCAGCAGGGUCAGAGCCACAGACGACAUCCCUUUGGUUUUGGUCGGCAACAAAUUUGACCUUACCAAACAGAGGAAGGUGACGACUGAAGAAGGCGAGGCUCUUGCAAAGCAACUGGGUUGUCCUUUUUUUGAAACAUCUGCAGCUCUUCGUCACUUCGUGGACGAUUCUUUCCACGCUUUGGUAAAAGAAAUUCGAGCUAGAGAGCGUAAUCAAAUGGGAAAUGGGUCUGCCAAAGUGGACAAGCAAAGUAAGUGGCGCAGGUUCCGCAACAUAUUUUCAGUGGUUUUUCGGAAAAAAGAUUCAGACGGGUAUCAAAAUUGAGACGAUGGGCACUUCUUGAAUUUACAUUCGGGAGUGACAAUCUUGUCGAGGAACUUGUUUCGUGGCUUGAAUGUCAUCUUAAUUUUGCAUUACAAUCGGUGUAGGAUGAUUAUUUAACCCGAUGAUCUCAAAUUUGCAUUUUUCAAGUGGACGACACUGUUUGGCGGUAUGUGUGUGUUUGUGUGUGGUUGAUUAUACGCACACGUGAAUCCAUAGCCACUCGUUAAUAGCCAGAAUAAUUAACAGUUGUUGGCGAAUCAUAGAUUUUUCAAGACGCGCGACUUUGAUUAACCCGGUCCCACAAAUUUUGUCGGUUCUACGCAACAAAAGAGUAUUUUCGACUUUCAUCAGCGUGUUUACCGCGAACAUUGAAAGAAACGGUAAAUGCUAACAAAUAUUUAGGACCAAUCAGUUUUAUACUCUGCCGUAAUUUUUACUUUUUAUAUUCAUUUAACAAAACCCUUUGAUGUCGAAUAGCCAAUUUUGAGACAGUCACACUCACGUCGUAUUUGAAGAGUUGUUAGAGAGGCACAACAACUUUUGUCUACUUGAGAGCUAGAUUUAUCGUAAUCUCCACAGUUGGCCUCGCUUCCCGAGGUUUGCAUGCCAAAGAGAAUCUUCCCCCGUGAAUAAAUAAUAGAGUUCAGUGGCCCUGUAGGCGUUUCCUAAUGUUAGAAAACAAAUUUAUUGAUGUUUUAAACGUUGUUUUGUGUCAAAAUAUAUAUAUUUGUUGUUGAAUAAGAGAAGAGCAUUGGAAUAUCGGUGUUCUGAAUUUAUGCUAUUGAGUUUGAUGCGUUUGCAAGACGUGAUUUGCAAACGUGGUUGCCAAUUUUGAAAAUUCGAUUGAUAGCCUAUAUUUGCUUUGAUAAUCUAUUCAAGUGAAGUUGCACGGUGCAGCAAUGGUCUAGUUGUUACUGUUGAUUUUAUUCGCAACACUGCAUCUAUUGUUCCUUUACUGAAGAUCAACGACAAUUUGAAACAAAUUUGCCAAAACGAAUAUUGUAUAUUUACAUAAAAUGUAUAACUCACCGCUUUAGCAUAAAAGUUUGAACUAAUCGCGUGCCAGAAAAGGCCUGGAAUUAGUCUAGAUUCACAUCACUCGUGGCGUAAUUUUAUUGCUCAAAUUUGCAAUUAAUUUCUCGAACACGUUAUUGAGUUUUUGGCCUUUUCUGCUGUCAAGUUAGAGUGCGCAAAGUAUGCUUAAAAUUUCUAAUCAUUCUGCAUUAAAAGCCCAUUUAUUUACACGGUAUACAUUUAUUACACUUGUUUUUGUUGAAGCUAUAUUAUACUAACAGUUACUUUUACUAAUAGUCAUCAUUAUGAUUGAUGUCAUAAUAUCAUCACUCUGUAAUAAUUAUUAUUUUAAUACCAAAGAAGACAUAUGUUUUAAUUGGAGACGCUUUUAACAAAAUGUUAUGACCCGCGUGAUUAAAAUGCAAUUAAUUGCAUCAAUGAUAUUUUAAAUUUAACCAGAUUUUUGUCAAUUGCGUUAGUUACACUUUUUUACUCUAAAAAAAUAAAAUAUUGUGUACCAGUAUCCGAAA